GUCUCAGAACCUGCUGAAGCUCUCUGACCUUUCUCCUGUAAGAACACCUCACACAGGUUCUUCAACACGAGAUUCCUCGGAGGAUCUGAUUUUGAGGAUCUUCUUCUGCAAACUGGACAGAGCAGGUUUUCAUUUUGCUCCCAGAACUUCUGGAGACAAUCUUUACAAAAGCUAUGAGAACAAGACAAAAACACCGGAUCGGCAGCUAGAACCUUGGUUGGGUCUGUGUCGCUGACACUGGACUGUUGCAGUUGUUGGCUGGCUUCUUCUAGCUUGUCAGCCUACCGAGCAAGCAGACGUUGCGUGUCUCUGCGUGUUGGCUAACUGUAAUCCUUUCCGAGAAUGGCGGGGGAUGCAAACAGUAUUCCUGAGCUAGAACAGGAAAAAUACGAUGCGGAUGAGCAGGUGAAAAUUAUCUGCCUCGGCGACAGUGCAGUCGGGAAAUCUAAGUUAAUGGAAAGAUUCCUCAUGGAUGGAUAUCGGCCUCAGCAGCUGUCAACCUACGCCCUGACUCUUUACAAAUAUACAGCCACAGUCAAUGGGAGGUCUGUUCUAGUUGAUUUUUGGGACACAGCGGGCCAGGAGCGGUUUCAGAGCAUGCACCCUUCCUACUACCACAAAGCACAUGCUUGUAUCAUGGUCUUUGAUGUGCAGAGGAAAGUAACUUACAAGAAUCUUGCCAACUGGUAUAAAGAGCUGCGAGAGUACAGACCAGAAAUCCCGUGUCUGGUGGUGGCUAACAAAAUAGAUGCUGACAUGCGGGUGACACAAAAGAGCUUUAACUUUGCUAAGAAGCUGGGACUGCCUUUCUACUUUGUAUCUGCUGCUGAUGGUACAAAUGUGGUCAAGGUUUUUAAAGAUGCAAUUAACCUGGCCUUGUCCUACAAGAAGAACUCCAGUGACUUUAUGGAUGAGGUCAUGAGAGAACUGGAGAAUUUUGAGCUGGAGAGCAAAGAAGAAUCAUCUGAUAAAGAGGAGGAAGAAUGUAAAGAGGGAAAAACAGACUCAGCCUGAUCAUCUCUUUCUCUCUUUGCUUGUGGCGGUAACUGUUAUGCUGAAUGUUGGCCAGACUAUGUUUUGGCAUUGUUUAAAUCAUGGCUGCUCACUAACUGUCCUGAAUACAAAGUGAAACCACCUGGGACAAAGCUCUACCUCAGACCUUUGACAUACCUUAUUGGGAUUCUGUAUGGAAUACACAGACUUUACAUGGAAUACUCAAGUUUUAUGUGUCAAGAUUUUACAUAUAUUGAUUGUAGGCUUUUGUAAAAGAAAUGUCAGUCUGAAGGACAGCUAUUUCAAGUACAGUGAGGUGCUGGUAUUUCACCAAAAAUUACAUUUCUGGAAGUAGGACCUCAUGAACAAGUGUUGGCAGCAUGGUGUAAAUAUGCAGGGGUGAAGAGAGAUUGUACUGUAAGAUCGACAUGUUUUUACAGCUGUGAUAUUACAGUGAAAUGCCUCAGUAGCACUGUUGAUAUUUUGCAUUCUUCUGAUACUGUGAGAAGCAGUGGUAGGUAACCAAACUGUUUAUAGUGGUGGAAAUUAAUGUAAAAGGACUAGUUCCUAGCAAACUGUGCUUAGUAAUGCUCUAUGUGUGGCAUUAGUCUGGUGGUGGAAACCCUCAUAAUCACAUUCUAAAGGUUAUCAGGUGCUUGCAUGAGGUGCACAUGUGCUUGAACCGCUUUUUAAAACAGCUUGUCCAGUGGUAGACAACGAUGAUUUAGGGCCAACAUUAGAAGGCGUAUAAUGUAAAAUCAAUAUUAUGAUUACCAGUGUAUCACUUUGCACAAACUGUGAAUUUGUUGUGUUUUGUUGUAUGAAGCACUAUGUACAUCCAUGUCAUCUAAAGAUAAGAUCUCUGGAAUAGGAAUGAAAAUACUAUGUGUAUUAGACUGGAAACCCAUUCCUACUAUGGCUGCUUUUUGACUGAGCCUUUGAUGUUCAUGUGGAAACAUCUUUGUAUGUGCUGCAAUUAAACACUGCUGCUUAAAUUA